CGGAGCAGCAGCUGCUGACGGCCGCCAUGUUGGUCUCGGUUUUGCCUGCAGCAAGCUAGAAGUGAGACAGCAGCAGAUGGAACAGCAGGGAAACAGGGAUCUGGAGAGAGAUGUACAAAAACACCAAAAAUAUCCCUGAAACGUAAGCGAAUCCAAUACUGGACUAGCUCGGACGGAACUGCUACAAAAAUGAGAAACCGUUAUAAUUCCUUAAUUUAAAUGGGAGAGCUUUGGGAAGGACAGAAUAAAAAUGGAAUAAACUAAAGGUUUUUUUUUCUAUCGCAGACUCAACAGAGGAGGGGCUUUGGGCUUUUUAUAUUGCAGAUUUGCCAUUGAUGCGUUUUUUCGUGUGUUCCUUUUUGGUGCAUUGUGGAAGACAGACUAAUAACUUGGGAGGAUCAUUUUAACUGUUUUUUUUUACCAUGACAUGGAAGUGAAUUGUCUAUAGUUUUCUGGAAGAGGCGAAUUUACGAAAGGAAUUAUUGUUGCUGCUACUAGAGUUACAAGCCAGCCGGUUUGGGCAGGGUCUGGGUGUUCUUAUUUAUUCCUUAAAAAUAAAAAAUGAAGAAACGCUCUUUUCAAUCCCUCCUUUGAAGGUGUAUUCAUUUUAGGAUAAAGAUCAUAAUUCUUUAUUGUUCAAAUCGAAGUUUAGACAAUUAAGUCAGGCUGUGCAGGCUACAAAAAAGCUGUAGACCCGCACCAGUAUAAAAUAUAACGCAAUCACUGUUUAAAUAUUUUUUUUCUUGUUAUUUAAAUCUCACAAUUGUAAAUAUUUUAAACAAUGUCUGGGGAGGUACGUUUGAAGAAGCUGGAGAACCUCAUUUUGGACGGGCCGGCUCAGUCUAAUGGGCAAAGCUUCAGUGUGGAAACAUUAUUGGAUAUUCUCAUUUGCCUCUAUGAUGAGUGCAACAACUCCCCGCUUAGAAGAGAGAAGAAUGUGCUGGAGUUUCUCGAAUGGGCUAAGCCUUUCACUUCUAAAGUGAAGCAGAUGCGUCUGCACAAAGAGGACUUUGAGAUUCUGAAAGUGAUUGGUCGGGGAGCCUUUGGUGAGGUUGCUGUGGUGAAGGUGAAGAAUGCUGACAAGGUGUUUGCCAUGAAGAUUCUCAACAAGUGGGAGAUGCUGAAGAGAGCUGAGACGGCCUGCUUUCGGGAAGAGAGAGACGUACUGGUAAACGGAGACAGCCAGUGGAUCACAACUUUGCACUAUGCCUUCCAGGAUGAAAAUUACUUAUACCUGGUCAUGGAUUACUAUGUGGGGGGAGACCUGCUGACACUGCUCAGUAAGUUUGAGGACCGGUUACCAGAGGACAUGGCUCGCUUCUACUUGGCAGAAAUGGUGCUGGCCAUCGACUCUGUCCACCAGCUGCACUACGUUCACAGGGACAUCAAACCAGACAACAUUCUUAUGGACAUGAAUGGACACAUCCGGCUAGCAGACUUUGGGUCCUGUCUCAAGCUAAUGGAAGAUGGAACAGUAAUGAAAAAUGAAAAUGAGACAGGGAAAAACUGUUGGUAUAUAUUUGUGGUGUUUCUUUUUUCGUCUGUACAGGAGCGAUUUCAGUUCCCUGCCCAGGUGACAGACGUGUCUGAGAAUGCCAAGGACUUAAUCCGGAGACUCAUUUGCAGUAGAGAGCACCGACUGGGCCAGAACGGCAUCGAGGACUUCAAGAAACACCCUUUCUUCGCAGGCAUUGACUGGGACAACAUCCGCAACUGCGAGGCACCAUACAUUCCUGAAGUCAGCAGCCCCACCGAUACCUCCAACUUUGAUGUCGAUGAUGACUGCUUAAAAAACUCUGAAACGAUGCCUCCCCCUUCACAUACUGCAUUCUCUGGCCAUCACUUGCCAUUUGUUGGCUUUACAUACACCAGUAACUGCACUCUCUCAGACCGGGGAUGUUUGAGAGAGUUUGCCAGUCCAACUUCCAGACAGAUGGACCUCCGAGUGCAGAGGAGUUUGGAGGACAGUUUGGCCACUGAGGCCUACGAGCGAAGGAUACGGCGCCUGGAACAGGAGAAGCUGGAACUGAGCCGAAAGCUCCAAGAAUCCACUCAGACAGUUCAGGCCCUCCAGUAUUCCAGUGUUGAUGGACCCAUUACUGCAAGCAAAGAGAUUGAGAUCAGAAGCCUAAAAGAAGAAAUUGAGACAUUGAAAAAGCAGAUUGCAGAAUCAGGCCAGAAAGAGCAGCAGCUUGAAGAGGCCAGCACAGCCCGCAGGGAUUUAGAAGAAUCCUCCAAGCACAUCAAAUCACUAGAAAAGCAAAUCAAAAUCAUGAAACAAGAAAGGGAUGAUUUCCAAAAGGAGUUACUGGACGCCAGUGAAAGGCUGAAAUCCCAAACCAAAGAACUGAAGGAUGCCCACAGCCAGAGAAAGCUGGCCAUGCAGGAGUUCUCGGAGAUGAAUGAACGCGUCACUGAUCUACGCUCCCAGAAACAGAAAAUCUCGCGGCAGCUUAGGGACAAAGAGGAAGAAAUGGAGGGGGUGAUGCAGAAAGUUGAAGCCCUGCGACAGGAAGUACGCAAAGCUGAAAGAGCCAAAAAAGAGCUGGACACAAAGGCAGAAGAGGCGGUGGCAGAGGCAUCUAAGGAGAAGAAGCUGAGGGAGCGGAGUGAACAGUAUGCCAGGCAGCUAGUAGAGGAGCUGGAGGGGCUGAAGCAAAAGCAGGUGGGCCGUUCUCCGGGGAUCAGCAGCUCAGAGCACCACCAGGAGCUAACGAAACUGCGUGUUGACCUGGAAAAGAAGACUUUGUUUUACGAGGAGGAGCUCUCCCAGCGUGACCUGCUCCACGCCAGCGAGAUGAAAAACCUGAAGAAGGAGCUGCGCGAUGCCGAGAGCCACCAGCUGACCCUCAAGAAAGAGAUUAUGAUCCUGAAGGACAAGCUGGAGAAAACCCGCCGGGAGAGUCAAAGUGAACGAGAGGAAUUUGAAACUGAAUACAAGCAGAAGUACGAAAGGGAGAGGAUCUUGUUGACAGAGGAGAAUAAGAAGCUCUCCAGUGAACUAGACAAGCUGACAGCCAUGUUUGAGAAGCUGAGCUGCAGUAACAAGCAACUGGAGGAGGAGAUGAGGGAGCUGGCUGAUAAAAAGGAGUCUGUUGCACAUUGGGAGGCUCAGAUCACUGAAAUCAUACAGUGGGUUAGUGAUGAGAAGGACGCUCGGGGUUAUCUGCAAGCUUUGGCCACCAAAAUGACAGAGGAGCUGGAAGGCUUGAGAAGCUCUAGUCUUGGGGCCAGAGCUACGGACAUGCCAUGGAAAAUGCGGCGCUUUGCCAAAUUGGAUAUGUCUGCCAGGCUGGAGCUGCAGUCUGCACUGGAUGCUGAGAUCCGGGCCAAGCAGGCCAUACAGGAUGAGCUCAACAAAGUCAAAGCCUCCAACAUCUCCACUGAGUGCAAGCUCCAAGAAGCUGAGAAAAAGAACCAGGAUAUGCUGACAGAGAUUGAGAAACUGAAGAAGGAGACAGAGGAUCUCAGACUGGAAAAGGGUGUAAAGCACCAAGAUUCACAAAAUUCGUUCUUGGCAUUUUUGAAUGCACCUACCUCUGCCAUGGAUCAAUUUGAUGACACUUUUUCCUCCUCUUCAUCUUCCUUAAUUGAAUUUUGGGAUGAUCGUUCUCCUGCCUGCAUCCCAGCUAGCAAAGGCAGACGUAUUGACUCCAUUGAGAACUUCAAUGUUUCCAACACGCCAUCACGAGAUGAUGAACCCAAGUCCCACCUUCACUCAAGAUCCCGGUCCCCUUCCACUGCCAGCGAUAUGGAGUCCAUCGAGAUGAUUGAUCACCCUCCACGUAUUGUACAGACUCCAACAAUGCGAUCAGCAUACAGCGGAUCUGGCCUUAUACCACCCAAGCCCAAAGCUCAUCAAUUCGUAGUGAAGUCCUUCAACACUCCAACCAAAUGCAACCAGUGCACCUCUCUGAUGGUGGGACUGAUACGCCAAGGCUGUACCUGUGAAGUUUGCAACUUCUCGUGUCAUGUGACCUGUGCGGAUAAAGCACCAGCAGUGUGCCCAAUCCCCCCUGACCAGACCAAGGGACCUCUGGGAAUAGAUCCGCAGAAGGGAAUUGGAACAGCUUAUGAGGGACAUGUCAGGGUGCCUAAACCUGCUGGGGUGAAGAAGGGCUGGCAGAGGGCUCUUGCUGUGGUGUGCGACUUCAAGCUCUUCCUGUAUGACAUAGCUGAAGGGAAGGCAUCCCAGCCCAGUAUAGUGGUGAGCCAGGUCAUAGACAUGAGGGACGAAGAAUUCUCUGUCAGUUCAGUUUUAGCUUCAGACGUCAUUCACGCCAACAGGAAGGACAUUCCAUGCAUUUUCAGGGUUACGGCAUCACAGCUGUCUGCUUCCAGUAACAAGUGCUCUAUCCUCAUCCUGGCUGACAAUGACCAAGAGAAGAAUAAGUGGGUGGGGUUGCUGAAUGAGCUGCACCGCAUCUUGAAGAAAAACAAGCUCAAGGACAGAUUUGUCUAUGUGCCCAAAGAGGCCUAUGACAGCACACUGCCUCUCAUCAAAACAACACAGUCUGCCUCCAUCAUAGAUCAUGAACGGAUAGCACUAGGGAAUGAAGAGGGGCUAUAUGUUGUGCAUGUCACCAAAGAUGAGAUCAUCCGUGUGGGAGACAACAAGAAAGUACACCACAUCGAGCUGAUUCCUGGGGAGCAGCUGCUUGCCGUGAUCUCUGGCCGUAACCGGCAUGUGCGCCUUUUCCCCAUGGCAGCGUUGGAUGGCCGGGAGACAGACUUCUAUAAGUUGGCCGAGACCAAGGGCUGCCAGACUCUGGUCUCAGGGCAAGUACGGCAUGGGGCAAUGACAUGCCUGUGUGUGGCCAUGAAACGGCAAGUCAUCUGCUAUGAACUGAACAAGAGCAAGAUGCGCCACAAAAAGAUCCGGGAGAUCCAGGUGCCAGGGACUGUGCAGUGGAUGUUCCUGUACAGCGAGAGGCUGUGUGUGGGGUAUCAGUCGGGUUUCAUGAAGUACAGCCUCCAUGGGGAAACCAGCCCUGUCAGCUUGCUGCAUCCCGAGGACCAUACGCUAGCCUUCAUUGCACAACAGGGCAUGGAUGCCAUAUGCGCGGUGGAGAUCUCCAGCAAAGAGUACCUGCUCUGUUUCAGCAGCAUUGGGGUCUAUGUGGAUUGUCAGGGUCGCAGGUCACGGCAACAGGAGCUCAUGUGGCCGGCCAUCCCCAGCUCUUGUUGUUAUAAUGCACCAUACCUUUCAGUAUACAGCGAAAAUGCAGUUGAUGUGUUUGAUGUGAACACAAUGGAGUGGAUUCAGACAAUUCCUUUGAAAAAGGUGCGGCCUUUAAAUACUGAGGGAUCACUUAAUCUUCUAGGCCUGGAAACAGUUCGGUUAAUUUAUUUCAAGAACAAGAUGGCAGAGGGUGAUGAGCUGGUGGUUCCUGAGACGUCAGACAACAGCAGGAAGCAGAUGGUGCGAAACAUCAACAACAAGAGGCGGUUCUCCUUCAGAGUGCCGGAGGAGGAACGAAUGCAGCAGAGGAGAGAAAUGCUGAGAGACCCAGAGAUGAGAAAUAAACUCAUUUCCAACCCAACGAAUUUUAACCACGUUGUACACAUGGGGCCUGGGGAUGGCAUCCAGAUAUUGAAAGAUCUGCCCAUGAACGUCCGUCCUCAGGAGAGCCGCACAAUGUUCAGCGGGUCUGUGAGCAUCCCUUCCAUCACUAAGUCACGUACUGAGCCAGGCCGUUCGAUGAGCGCGAGCAGUGGACUUGGCACAAGAUCCACUGCACAGAAUGGCAGCGCUCUGAGGAGGGAGUUCUCAGGAGGGAGCUAUGGGUCAAAACGACAGCCCAUGACAUCACCGUCUGAUGGGUCUCUGUCCUCAGGGGGAAUGGAUGGAGGAGGCGAUGCGCCCAUUUCACAAUUUGAAAGAGAGGAUUCAGAUUCCCCCCGACACUCCACGGCCUCCAAUAGCUCCAACCUGAGCAGCCCUCCCAGCCCGGCCUCGCCUCACAAAACCAAGUCCCUUUCCCUGGAGAGCACGGACCGCAUGGGGUGGGAGACAUGAGCCUUUGCCAAGCCUUCCGGAGAGACGAGACACUCGAGUUCACCCAACCCCCCCUCCGCCUCCCAGAGUCUCCACAACCACCUGCUCCACCCAGCACCACGCUCCCUGUCUGCAGCUACUGGCAGUGUCCAGCGGUGCAAACCACAGUAAUCAAAUAUGCCCUAAAAGGAAAGAAAGGAAAGAGGAAAGAAAAAACCCCUGGUGAAAGUGGGGUGAGGUGUGUGGCAUCUGAACAUCUUUCCACGCACGAACUCUGAAUAACUACUGAACUCCAUAACUGUUGUUGCCAAUACAGCUUGUUCUCCAUCAUCUGUAUUUGACUGGGAUUAGUUGUUUAAAAUGAGUGUUUAACAAUUGCAUAUGUAUAUAAACACGUGUAUAAGAUUUAUAGAUAGGACUUCUGGUAUUUAUAGUAGAAUCUGUUCUGUUAAGCUUAAGAAACUGAACCCUUCAUUUUGCAGUUUUUUCUUGGAGAUAUGGUAAGCAGUGGGGGGGGGGAGGCUCUAAUUUUGUUUGUUUUUUGCUGCUUUGUUGUGGUUUGUGGUUAAUAUCUUGUACAUUUCUGGUGGAAGAGAGAGAUGUCUUUCAGUUUUAGCUGUUUAUGAUGUCAGGGGAUUUAUGGAAACACUUUCCAUCCUUCCCUUCGUUGUCCUCUUUUCUGUUGCAAGUGCUGAUGAGUGCAGUGAUUUAAAAGCAAGCAGCACUUUACCCCCCAAUAAAAAUUAUAGUCGCUCAAGCUUUCAAAGAAUUUAUCGAGAAACGUAUAGUGUAUGUAUUCAGACGAUGACUGUGCCAGAGGUUGUUUUUUUUUUCAUUCCACAGUGAAGUUCUUUGAGGUGACUCCAGUUAUUUUGGCACUUUGGUUUUCUGUCAAAAUGUACGCCACAACGUCCCAUAACGCAAGCACUGGUUCCAUCCAUAAUGAAGCAGGGUAGCUGAAAUUACAGAGGUCAACAGUCAAAAAUGAAUAAAUUAUGAGGUCUCCAAUCUAAUGUAAAUAAAACCUAAGUAGAAUAUAAUAUAUAUAUGAUAAAAAGGUUGCAGUUGUAGAGUGAAAGGAGUGCAUCAAGAAGAGUUUUUUGUUAAUUAUUAUUCCUUUGGGCAUAUUCAUGCACUGCUUUCCUCCAGUUGUUACUCUCAUUUAAUUGAGCUAGAUUCUACAAUAAGAUGGAUUCUGAUUUCAGAAGGAGGGGUGGGUUAAUACUCUGAGCUGUGCCUAUGCACUUCUUGAAGAAAGGGGUUGAGUGACAUUUUCUAAAGCUGUACAUUUUUCAGAGUGGUUACUGCAGUUGUCCAAUACCAUGUGGUACCGCUGCCUCAAUUCCCUCUUUGAAAUGACAGCUUUGAAAUGGAAUUGAAGUGAAUAUUCACCAUUUCCCUUCCAACCCACGUUCUUAGCUGUGCCACGCCUUUGACAAAAAGAACUUUCACUUCCAUUGCUUACUGUGGUCCAGGUUUUCACAGCUGCAGCAAUAAUGCUCCACUUUCCAAAGAGUUUUUUUUUUAAACAACAGCCUUGGAAUUCAGUGCACCCAGUCAUUUUAUUUUAUUUUUUAAUAAGCUGAAUGUGUGCUUUAGCAGAUCACCAAGAGCUAUUUUACUAAAGAAAAACAAGUUUUCUCUUGUGAUUAUAGAAUUCUCUAUAUAUAAAUAUAUAUAUAAAAAGUAUAUAUAAAGUUGUUUAUAGUUUUACUAGUCACAGAACCUUAUGGUACUGUGUAUUGGACUUCACGGUGUUAGCCGGUAGACUUUUUAUUUUCCUGUUUUAGUAUUUUGGUGAUUGCAGCAGAUAAAAGUAUAGAAAAUGUACUCUAUAACCACCGAGUGAAAUGUUCAGUUGUAUUUAAAUGAUAAUUCUUACCAGUGGUUGGGAGGAAUAAAGAAGCAGGGUUGUGUUUGGGAGGGAUGGGGAGGAGUGAGGUGGCUCACAGUGUUGUAGAGUCAUAAGCAUUUCUGUUGCAUGUUGCAGAACUUUUGUAUUGCAGUAGGUGACUGAAGAUGGGAUAUCAUUUCAAUAAAACACUUUAAAAAUAUGAAAACCUAAAUUCUUUAAAUUCUGGUUCCAUUCAUGACAGGUGUUUUGAAAGUUAGGGAUGUUGACGGAAUGUAUUAUUAUACAGGAUUAUAUAAUUCUAUUGUUAACGAAGGUCUGAAUGAAAAUGUCAAAAAUUUUUGAAUCAUUAACUGGCUACAGUUGUGUGGAUAAUGUGAACGUUUUUCUCAUAUGUUUCUGUUUUGAAAUGACACCUCUAAAGAUUCCACCUGAUGCCUUUCAGGCAUUUAUACACCUGAGUCAAAUAAACCAGAACCAUUCAGAAUAAAAUCUUAGCAAUGAACUGACAGUUUGUUGAAAAUUUUAAGCACUCCAGAGUUUUCUGUCAAGCAAUGUCACAGAAAGGUGUUGGUUUGAUGAGCAAUGACCUUUCCCCUUUCAGUGCCUUGCAGACAAGCCCCUUCAGCAUUCAAGGAUGUGAUGUAACAUAGAGCUGGAGUUUAUCUGGUUUAUGAAGUUAAGAAAAACUAACAAAAAAAAAUCCAUGUCUGGAAUGUGCUGAUGUAGAAGCCUGUGAAAGGGAAGUUGUUUUCUGACAUUUGACACCUGCAAAAAUUUUCAAAUAACAACACACAGGAUCACUCCAGAAAUUUAGUUUUUUUUACUUAUAAUGUUUUAAAUUUGCAUCUGGCUACUUUUCAGGUUAUCAAUUUGAAAAAAAAUAUCCAUAAAUCACAUUAUGAUGCACUUUGUUUUUUAUAUUUUCAUUUUAUUGUGAUUUAGACUUUUCAGUGGUUUCUGCUUAAUAUAUUAGAAAUGUAUUAUUCUUACUUAAUAUUUCCAUACCAACACAUACUGUACAUUGUCCACACAGAUGAUUAUUCUAGUUAACUGUAAUGUCUGUAUUGACAGUGAGAUCAGAUUUGCCUUCAAGACCUUACAGAGCUCUGAUGGUGGGAUAAGAAUUGAAGCUGGAAUUCUUAAAUAAGUUGGCGUGGAAGUUUCAUUAUUGUGCACAUAAAAACAGGAGAAAAAUCAACAUGAUGGUUGAAGUAAAAGCUUUUACAAGUCAUUACAUUCUACCUUUGACAAAUAUAUGUUAAAAUGCACUUACAGGUAAAAAUAAAUAUUCCUAAAGCUCUGUUUGUUUUUGUACAGACUAUAUGAUAAAGGUAGCCAGUUGCAAUUUAAAGAAAAGAAACAUAGUGCAGGUAACACAGAGGUCUUCCUUUGACUGAAUAUUUAAAAACUGUUUUUUAAGGUUAACCACAUACAAAAGGGGCUUGAAAAAUUAAAAUCUUACAAAUAUCAAAAUGUGGCAGGUGACACUGAUUUUCCAGCAUUUAUUACACAUCGGAAAAAAAAAGUUUCUUUGGCACGUUUGCAAAAUGUAGCUUCUAUUUUUUAUUUGUAAAGUGUAUUGGUGCCUAGUUCUCAUUGAAUAACAGCCCUGGCAUCAUGAUUCAGAAGUAACCCCAAGUGUGUCACAAACUCAAGAGUGAGCAACCUGCAAGUCUGGUGAAUUCACUAGUUCGGUAAAGGGGAACACAUUCAGUAAUAUAUCCAUUCUAGAAAAAAACUAAUGAAAAUGAAAUUAGGCAAAUCCCUUAUUUCCUUUUCAUCAAGAAUAAAAUGACUGCAUGGAUUUCCAUUUUUAUCAAUUUUAACCAAUUCCUAUUUGUAUUCAGUUUUCUUCCCAGAGGAAUAGAAUGUAUCUGCAAUGGAAGCAGACUUUAUUCGGUAGGUGAUGUGUGUGUUGGAUGGGUUUCAGGAUAUUUAUGCUUUCAGUAAAGAAACCCAUAAAUUUGAAACUCAGGAAUUUCUGAACCAAUGAUUAUUUAAGCAUUAGACAAAACAAACUACACAUCAACAAGAAAAUCGUUGUUAGUUGUGGCAUAUUCCUUACCCAUAGGGUCAUCCGUUGUUCUCUGAAGAUUGUAAAAUAAUUGAAGAAUUGCCAGAAAUGAGAAUAUUGCAGACUGAUCUUCCAAGUGAAAGUAUUACAACUGCAUGGGAGCUGGGGGGUACAAUUAAACUUUAAAAAUAGUUUGCAUUUCAAUGAGGUUUAAUUGCCUUUUGUGUUAUUUACUUUUUCAUAUCAUUUUAAUUAUUUUUGUAGGAUUUUCUGUAAGUAUAAUGUACAGUUUUGCAUGUUGUAGGUGUAAUCACUUUUUUUAGGAUUACAAAGGAUGGCGAAAAAAAGGUUUGGCUUUUCACUUUUUUUAUUUUGGCUCAUUCUAAAAAUUGGGGGAGAUUAAAGGGGAUAUCCCACUAUAGGUGAUGUAGAUUCUUUUUGCACAGAAGUAUUUAAAAGUGGAAGGUCAAAAAAUGUAUUGGACCAUCCACUGCUCUUUUAUGUCAAUAACUCAUUAUUGAAGAUAUUAACCUGAUGUAUUUCAAUAAAACAGGGAACUGUUACAAA